CAACCACUGUUGUAUUCAUAGAACUUUUACUUAACCUUACAGGUUUAAUAGUGUCGUUUGCCGAUAUUUUAAUAAAAUAAAAAGAAAUUUUAUUUUAUAAUUUGUGUUGCAUUUAAUUAAUCAACAUGAGUGACGGUUGGGACGAUUCAUGGAAUAAUGCAAAGCCAUUCAAUGAUAACCAAGGUAAUCACGAUAAGUACUACAGAAACAGUAAUUUUCGAAGAGGGGCCCCGAGGGACAAGCAAAAUAGAAAUUAUGACAGAAAACCUAGGAAUUCUAACCCUACAACUACUAUACAAGUCCCUACAAACAUGGUUGGAAGGAUAAUAGGAAGAGGAGGUUCCAAAAUAAGUGAUCUACAGUUUAAUUCAGGGGCAAACAUCAAAGUUACAAAAAAUACAGAAGGUAUGAACACUAUGGUUGAAAUAACAGGAUCUGAAGAAGCUAUAAAACGUGCUACAGAAAUGAUAGAAGAUUUAACAAAAGAAAGACCACCUCCUGCUACUUUGACUAGUGAAAGUCAUGAUAACAGUUGCAAGGAAAUGCCACCUAUACAAAUUGAUUGGAAAGCACUAGCAGAAGAAAGUGAGCGAUAUCAAAAAGAGCAAUUUGAUAAGUUGCCUCCAAUCAAGAAAAACUUCUACAAAGAAGAUCCUGAAGUUACAAAUAUGAGUAACAAGGAAGUUGAAGCAUUUAGGGCAGCUAACAACAAUAUUGUUGUCUCUAGGAUGUACAAACAGGGAGAAAAGGAAAAAAUACCAAUUCCUAAUCCAGUUACCACAUUUGAACAAGCUUUUAGAGACUACCCAGAGAUAUUAGAAGAAAUUGCAAAGCAAGGUUUUCAGCACCCAUCUCCCAUUCAGAGUCAGGCAUGGCCUGUGCUUCUGAGUGGAGAUGAUCUCAUUGGAAUAGCACAAACAGGAACAGGUAAAACUUUGGCCUUUUUGCUGCCAGCACUAAUUCAUAUCGAAGGUCAACCUGUGCCUAGAGAAGAAAGGAUGGGACCAAGUGUAUUAGUAAUGGCCCCAACAAGAGAAUUAGCUUUACAAAUUGAUAAAGAAGUCAAGAAAUAUUACUACAAGGGGAUUAAAGCAUUGUGUGUUUAUGGAGGAGGCAACAGAAGGGAACAAAUAAACACACUAAAUACUGGUGUGGAUGUAAUAAUAGCCACCCCAGGACGUUUGAAUGAUCUCGUAGAAGCAGGACAUAUAAGUGUUAAAAGUAUUACUUACGUGGUCUUAGAUGAGGCAGACAGGAUGUUAGACAUGGGUUUUGAACCUCAAAUACGUAAAGUAUUAUAUGACAUAAGACCAGAUCGACAGACUGUAAUGACAAGUGCCACAUGGCCGAUAGGGGUACGUCGAUUGGCCGAUUCUUACAUGAUUAACCCCGUUCAAGUCUACGUGGGAACCCUGGAUUUAGCAGCUUGUCACUCCGUCACCCAGCAUAUUGUUUUGCUCGACGACACUGAAGAAGCUAAAUUUGAAACGGUGUUGGACUUUGUAGCGAACAUGUCUCCCGAAGAAAAGGCGAUAAUAUUUUGUGGCAAAAAAGCCCGAGCUGAUUACUUGGCCUCUGAAUUAGCCCUGAGAGGUUUUGAAUGCCAAGCAAUCCAUGGUGAUAGGGAACAAGUAGAUCGUGAGCAGGCUUUAGCUGACAUUACAGAUGGGACUGUACAGAUCCUUAUAGCCACUGAUGUGGCGUCUAGAGGACUUGACAUAGAAGAUAUAUCACAUGUUAUAAAUUAUGAUUUUCCAAGGAAUAUUGAGGAAUAUGUUCACCGUGUGGGACGUACGGGAAGAGCGGGACGUACAGGAUGCUCUAUAAGUUAUUUCACUAGAGCUGACUGGGCCAGUGCCAAAGAUCUUAUACCUAUACUUGAAGAAGCCAAUCAGUAUGUUCCUGAAGAAAUAUUUGAAAUGAGUAAGCGUUAUGAAGCCUGGCGCGAGAGGAAGGAUCAAGAAAGAGCUCGCGACGGGGGAGGAAGAAGAGGAGGUGGCCGUGGGGGCGGCAGAUUUCAUGACGGAUGGUAGUCGUAAUGUUAAAGAAGUUGGAAUAUUUCUAUUUAUUUUUCAUAUUUACAGUUAGCAUUCCUACUGUUAUAUUUAAAGGAAUAUUUUUUUUCUUUUUACUGUUUAGCAAUUUUUCAUUUCAUUAAACGAUCUUCAAUCUG